CCAGCUUCCCGGAAGGCAGUGCGGGAGAGCGGGCAUGGCGGCCCGGAGGAUGGGUGGUAGUUCUUGGCAGCGAAUGUUAUCGCUGAGCCGGCGGUGCUGCGUGCUGGGCUGGAGGAAAGAGUGCUACCGGUGUUCUUCUAGCAGUACAGCUCUUGGGAAGACUGCAGACAAUGCAGAAGUUGCCCAGGAAGAAAUUGUGCUCCCCCGAAGGAAAACCUGGGAUAAACUGGCAGUUCUUCAGACAUUGGCUUCCACUGUGAAAAGGGAUCCUACUGCUGCUCAUUAUAUGUUCCCAGAUGACCCUUACCUUAUGCCAAAAAAUGCAGCCAAUUUUCGGCUGUUUGCAUUGUCAAAGGAGUCUGGGAAAAAUGCUGCAAGAUUCAUUAUUCAACAGUUUCCUCAGUAUUUUGACAAGAUUUCUGGAGAGCCUCCCGUAACAUGCUUUGUGCCUGAGAUUCUGACACCUCAGAUUGAAGGAGUGAGUGAGGAAGCUCUAAAAGAGCGUAUCCACCUCAGAAGGGUGAAGGAAUCUGUGGACCUGUUUGAUCAGCUUGUACAAGCAGGUACUCCCAUAUCUCUAGAGACCACAAACAGCCUUUUAGAUUUGUUAUGCUUCUAUGGAGAUGGGGAAUCUACACAGGAGAAAGAGGAAGAAGCGAAAAAGGAAGAAGUAAAAGAGGAUUUGGAAGAACCAGAGGUGAACGCUUCAGAACAGAAGGCUCCAAAGAGACAAUUCCAAAGAGGUUUACAGUCAUCUGGCCCUAGAUGGAGGGAGAACAACAAUGCUGAAAGGAUAUUCAAGAUAAUGCCAGAGAGGAAUGCACACUCCUAUUGCACAAUGAUCCGUGGGAUGGUGAAGCAUGGGGCCUUUGUUAAAGCUUAUGACAUGUACAUAGACUUGCUGAAUGAAAGACACAAGGCUGAUGUGCACACCUUCAACGCACUGAUUUCAGCAGUCCCGCACCUGAAGGACAGGUUCUCGGAAAAAUGGGAGUUAGCCAAGGACUUCCUGAAUCACAUGGCUCAACAGGAAGUGCAGCCAAAUCUGCUAACUUUUAAUGCUGUCCUGAAGACCCUGAGAAGAUGUGGUGGUCUAGGCAGAAACAUGUCGUUAUUGGUAAUAAAGGAAAUGGAAGCACUUGAUAUAGAGCCUAGCCUUGCGACGUAUGAGCAUCUUCUCUUCAUGUUUUAUAGAGGCGUUGAACUUCAUCCGUCAGGUAUCAUCUCUGAGGUGCUAGAUGAUGUUGAAAAGAGGAGCUUCACUGCUCAGGACCCUGAUGACGCCAACUUUUUUAACACUGCAAUGCAAGUGUGCUGUGAUCUUAAGGACAUCAAGCUUGCCUAUCGGUUAAACAAGGCCAUGGAGAAGGGAGAUAACUGGAAAUUCUUGAGCAUGGAGCAGUUAAAUAUCUACUGGUCAAAAUUCUUCUCCUUGUUGUGCAUGAUGGAACAAAUUGAUGUCGUGUUGAAAUGGUACAAAGAAAUGUCCUGUUCGGUCUUCUAUCCAAAUCCCAAAAAUAUAUUGGGACUCCUUCAAGCACUGGAUGCAGCCAACUGCUUGGAAAGGAUCCCUUCAGUCUGGGAAGAUAUAAAACAGAUGGGGUUUAGCAGGAGACCAGAACUGCUGGAAGAGCUCUUGUCUUUGAUGAGCAGGGAGCAGCACCCUGAUGAGAUCCAGCAGGCGUUUGCCAAGUGUGCUGAAGACAUCAAAGCUGUGCACGAGCAGAGUGGGAAGGAGCAGGUCCAGUUACAGUGGACAGGCAGCACGCUGGGCUGCAUUGCUCUCCUGUUUGCCAGGGCUGGCAGGACCCAGGAUGCUUGGAACAUGAUGGAGCGUUUCCAGGAGAUCAAUAGGAUUCCCACUGAUCAGGUGCUGGAUGGGUUCUGGAACUGUGCUAAACAAACCAAUAGCCCAGAUGAGGCGAUUAAGCUGGUAAAGCUGGCGGCAUCCCUUGGCCUUCCUGCAUCUCAAAGGCUUAAAAGCAGAACAGAGAAGGAGUUUGAACUCUCUGAAAAGCAGAAGAAGACAUUGGAGAGCAUCCAGUUAGACAGCGACAGUGACAGCGAUAGUGACAGUGACCGUGAGUAGCUGUCCUUGCCUUCCUCACUGGAAAACUGGGAGCAGCCACUGCCUGGAUGCCAGGAGGCUUCUGUGAGAAUUGAGACGACAGAGGGGACAGUGUUUGGGAGGUGCUGCAGCACUGCUGAGCAUUUCAGAGCGUUCCCAUACAGGACCUGCUUCACAAGAGGAUGUUGUCCUCAUUGGAUCAAGCUGGAGUGUGUCCUGUUUGGUGGCUUCAAACACAGCGUGUGCUACACCAGCACAGUCUCUUCCACACCACUACCUGCAUGAGCUGGCUCCCAGCAGUCAUGACCUGCUUCACCAGGGCUGAAGCAGGGGAGGGCUGCAGCAAGGAGUGCACUUCCUGGGGCUGCUCAGCACAUACAAGACAUUGACAGCUUGAGCCACUUCUCUUGGACCUCCUGUGACUUAAACCUGUGCCAGAUUUAAUUCCUUUCCAGCCAUCUUCACUGAACUACUUAAAUACGAGGUUUACUCUGUGUGUAAACACUGCAGAUGCAAUACUCAUCACCUGUGUGUUGUUCCCCAUCUUUUUGGGUGUUCUGGGACAGGCUUUGGACUGUUGAAGAUGCUAAAACUACAGUUUGUACAGCUGGAGACUGCAUGUAAUAAAUGGCUGACAGAAA